AUGGCCAAGUUGAGAAGUGGCAGGUUACUAACCUGUUUCUACUGCGGAAAGCGCUCAUCUACAAGGUACGAUGGCUUGCUUCGCGAGUUCCUCUGCCUCUAUUGCGAUGCGAACAACUAUCUGGACGAGCGAGGCGACAUCACCGAUCCACCCGUGGCCAAGACAACGUCUGUACCUGCUACGACGACGUACGCGACAGCGCGGUCACAUUCCCCCGAUUUCACCAGCCCGUCCCAGAGCAUCUUCUGCCCGACAUGUCUCAAGAACCAGCACCUCUUCACCAGCUCCCUAGCGCAAUAUCUGCCUGAAGACCCCGACCACCCCGACUAUGCUGAACUGGAGAAGAACAUGUACAAAUUCCGUCGGCGACUCGAACAGCGAUAUCCUCAGAUCUGCGCUCAAUGCGAGCCCAAAGUUCAAGCCCAGCUGGACCAAGCAGGAUACACAGCCAGAACCGACCACUUGCGGCGCAUGAUGGAUAGGAGCCGGAAGAAUCGCGUCGUCCCCAAGGAACUAACGUCGUUGGACAUCGCGUCGAAGGUGGGAAAAUGGCUUUGGUUCGGGGGAAUUGCGUGUCAAUACAUGUGGCAUGUUGCCUCCCUGGCAGUCGUCUUUGCGACACAGAUGGACGAAGGUCCGAUGCGAGACCCCGAUGCCGAAACAACAAUUGCCCAGAGGCUCUAUGUUGCCUUGACAUUACUUCUUCCCAGCCCCGAGCGGCUGAUACACUGGAGCUUGUGGGCGAAUGCCGUCAGCAUCUGGUGGAAUCCCAAGUUCGUCCAGGUGUUUCGUGGCUUCUCACGGCACAUCCUCGGGCUUUCGCACUGGUACACAUUUCAAGGACUGAUCUUGUUUACGAGGUUCUUGGCCAUGAGAAUGGCCGAGCUUAAAGGGGACCGCGCAACUGAAGGGAGCGCCCAAAUCAGUCUUCACGGCUUGAUGGCGGUUCUCAUGCUGGCCAUAUACAUCCUCGCUCAACGGUCUGUACGCAUCGACACGACGCCGCUAUUUCAGACGACCAGCACGCCGAUGGCAUCACCACCAAGACCACAGCAACAGCAACCACACCACCGUGAGGAUGACAACAAGAAUAUGGCAAACCUUUUGGACGAUAUUUUGGCCGAGUCUAGCCCAAGGCCGAGAAUUCCCCCAAGUCCAACCAGUGUUGGCUCUGGUUCACCGGCACUUUUUCAGCGGGAAUUGCAGCAUCGAUCGAGCGCCCGCAAUGUUGGCUUAGGGACACCGCAGAAACCAGCGCAGCCGCAAUACGCGGAAGAAAUGGACUGGUCUCCCACGCAAUCAAAGCACCGCGCAUUCAACGAUUUUGGGCCUCCAAAGGCACCGAACCAAGUGUUUGGCCAGCCUGAUCCAGGUCCGAACUCCAGCCCGUUCUGGUACAAGGUGCCUCCCGCACCGAUUCCGCCCGCGCAAAAGCUUCGUAACGGCCCCAAAAUACUCGCGAAACCGGUCGAAAAGAAGUCAAUAUUCUCCAUCGGCAACCCGAAUGCGUCCGGGACAAGCGCGCCCACAGAUGACGAAAAUAGGGGUGCGAGCAAGGUGGCAUUCGCACAGCCCAAGUUCUUUGCGCCCUCGGCGUCCAAUCCAAGCGACCCGCGAAGCUCGUUGGCCGAUCUGCUCAAUACAAGCUUCACGCUGAGCCAAGACGAACCGGAGGAGGGGGAGAACGGCGAAUCGGGAAACAACGCCGAGCAUACAAGUUCGGGGCCUUCGGCAAGAACGGGUGGUCUACGCAACAACCGGCUGCUGGACGUUUUCACCUUGGCAAUCCUCUUCGGCGCGUGGAUCCAUGCGAGUUCUGCGUCAUAUCCGUACAGUCGGGACGUGAUGUUUGGCGCCAUGGUCCUCAACAUGGCCAUCGCCAUUCACCUCACAGGCGACGCGAUCAAGGACAUGCGCAACGAGAAGACGCCCAGCUGGGCAUCCAUCAUCAAUACGUCGUUGGGCAUCGGCGAGCUGGCGGUGGCAUGUCACUUUGCGCUCCAGAUAUGGGGAAACCGCAUGCCGACGUCGAGUGUGCAAGGCGCUUCUGUCAUUGGCGCGAUGCUUGCGCACGAGAUGUGGAAUGCGGCUUGCUGA